AUGGAGCAACGGGGAUAUGGUGAGAAAGUCCAAGGCGUGCCGCCGACCCGUGGACGGGAUGAACCUCAGAAUCAGUUCAGAGCUAGCUGUCGUCCAGUCUCUUACCGAUGGCGACUCCAAUCCACGGAAAAGCUGCAAGAGCAGUUGGAGCCGUUGACGCUUCAGAUGAGCAGCAAGAUCAGAAAGUCCCAACCCUCCAUCACAGCAGCGCUAGUAGAGAGAAGAACUGGGAAGGAGCUGAACGUGGGAUGA